AUGGCAUCGCGGUGGUUUGAAUCAAUCAUCGGCGGCAUCAUAGGAAGCAUAGUGGGCAGUUCCGCCGUCGCAUACUACAUCUUCCACAUUCAAAAACAAAACGACAUAACCAUGGAUCGUGUUAACUACAAUAUCAAAAGACUGGAUAACGCCUUAACCAAAUUUAAUUCCUCGGCGGGGGACCUCAUGGGUGCUAUGGAUGGAUUGGCGUUUACUCCGGAAGCAGAAGAUCGAGAAGAAAGGUUCUAUUAA